AUGUCUAAACCAGUGAUUUCAGUAAACGUUGUUAUUGUUGGGGCUUCUGCAGUUGGUAAAACAUCACUUUCAAAUCAAUUAGUAAAUAAUAUAUUUAGCGAAGAUUACACCUCUACUGCUGGAAUGGAUUUGUUUCAAGACACAAUGGAAAUGCCUGACUGUUCUGUUAGUUUAACUCUAAGAGACACUUGUGGACAAGAGCAAUACAAAUCAUUGGCAAGUCAAUACUAUCGUGAAACACAAGGAGCACUUAUUGUUUAUGAUAUUACGAAUCGUGAUUCAUUUGACUAUCUUCAAGAUUGGAUUGAUGACGUUUCUAUGUACUGUCCUCAAGGAGUUAAAAUAGUUCUUGUUGGAAACAAAGUUGAUCUUGAAAAUGAUGCCCGUGCAGUAACUACUGCAGAAGGACAACAAUUCGCUUCUGAAGGUGGUUAUGCUUUCUUUGAAACAUCUGCUAAACUGAAUAUUAAAGUUGAAGAAGCUUUUCGUGAAUUAGUCACAAGAAUUGUACAAGCAGAACACACCAACCCAGCACAAGUCGCUCAAUCAUCACAAGACCGUGUUCAAAUCACCACUCAAAAAUCAACCCCAGAAGAGAAAAAGUCUUGUUGUUAA